AGUUAUGCUAGGCAUGUGUUAGGCACCAUAUCUUUCGAUGACGCGGUGGGCGUUUGUCGGUGCUUUCGUGCAUGUGACGUGAGAGUGUGUAGAUACGGUUUGACUUUGGGAGAAGGCAGUCGCAAACUGACCAUGGCUGCUCCAGUAAUAAUUUGUAUUGCAAUCGCUGCCAGUGGGACAACCUUGUGCACUGUGCAGAAUGUGCCAGAAUCCCAUCUGAACCACCCAGAGUGUGAGCAGGACUGGAGCACUGUGCCGGACAACAAAAGCAUUGGACAAUACCCAGAAAAAAACUUCAUGGACCCUGGCAUCAAUGUUACACGGAACAGUUUGGUCACGAAGAGACCAGUGAAUCUGUUAUGGUCUAUCUCUUGUUCCGGCAAAUAUUCGGACAAAUAUCGAGCAUCAUAUGUGGUCCCUGCCUCACCAGGUGGAAGCGCUUCACAGACUAAUUCCAAUACAUCUGUGGGCCCUACCUCACCUGGUGGAACCACCUCUCAGAGUAAAUUGACGUUAGCUGCCGCUGUAGGCGUCCCUCUGGUCAUGUUGUUGGUUGUUUUUUUGGUUGCUUUCUUGCUUUGCCGACAGCGUGAGCAACACCAGAGGGUACCCAAUGAGAGGUCCACUGAUCCAGAGCAAUUGAGACCCCUUGAUGAUGAGUCUGAGAGUAAGCCCGGGCCCCCUCUCUCUGAGAGAGGACCCGUGCUUCUCUCCGACCUGCUGGAACGUGGGUGA